AUGUUGCAGGAACAGUGGACUUCGGAUCAUUAUCCGAAGCGGCGGGCACGAUUUGAAGGAUCGUCACACGCUUCUUCGUCGUCCAAGUUUUCGCCUCCGUCUGUAAUGGUGGAUCUGAGGAAGCAUCUCAGGAGCUUGGAACACGGAGCCAUUGAUUUAAUCCACAAAUGGCAAGAAGUUGCACACAAAGCCCACGAAGAUUUGCUCCUCAGUGUAGUACUAUCAUCAGCAGGAGGGUCAACUGUUGCUCAAACAACAGCAACAUUUAGGUCACUUUUCCUUGGAAGAUCUGAUGAUCUUGUCAAGAUGAUGGAAGAAAUCUUCCCCGAAAUCGGGUUGAGGAAACAAGAUUGUGAGGAGAUGAGUUGGAUUGAUUCAGUUAUGCGCUUUUCAUUGUAUCCAAAAGGGGUAACCUCAGAUGCCUUGAAGAAUAGAGUUGCCCCUUUUCCUCCUCCUUAUUUCAAGGGCAAGGUAGAUUUGGUAUACAAACCUAUACCUUACGAAACAUUGGAUGAAUUGUGGAAAAGAUGUUCAUCAAAAGAUUAUGAUCGUAUUAAUAAUACAACUACCACCACCCCCCCUAUCAUACAAAUUGAAUUACAUCCUUAUGGAGGAAAGAUGAAUGAGAUUUCGAAAUCGGAAACUCCAUUUCCGCACAGGAAAGGUGUUCUGUAUGAGAUAUUGUACAUCGUGGCGUGGUUGGAUCAAGAUGAAAAUAAUGCUAAUGCUGAAUCCUACAUGAAUUGGCUGAGAGGAUUGUAUGAUUUCAUGACUCCUUUUGUGUCAAAAGGGCCAAGAGGUGCUAUUGUGAAUGCUAGGGAUUUCGAUUUAGGCACUAAUGAUGGUGAUGGACAUAUUGCUUCUGGUAGCUGGACUACUACUUCUCCUUACUCAAAAGCUUAUAGGACAUGGGGAUCUAGGUAUUUUGGAGAUAAUUUCAGGAGGCUGGCAACAGUUAAACGUGAAGUUGAUCCUGAAAAUUUCUUCUUUUCAGAGCAAAGUAUCCCGCCUCUUUUUCUUCAUCCACAAAUGAGAGAAAUGUAG